AUGUUAACCCAUUUACUUUAUAAACGCUAUCUAGUAUCUUCCUUGCGAUAUAAUGGGUUUCCACAGCUUCCUAAGAUAGGAUAUCCUAAACCAAGGAUGUCACGUGGAUUAUAUCAUGCUCAAUUCACCCUUCAAAGAAGAUGGAAGAGCUCUACUCCUAUAUCAAAGGUGUCCCAGGCAGCUAAUAUUAGUCCUAAGUCGGAGUUAAAACUCUCGCCUUCCGAAUCUACAGCUUCUAGUAUGGAUGAUAUUAAGCGGUUGUUAGAGUUGGCUAGGCCGGAAAGUAAAUCGUUGAUAUAUGCAUUGAUACUGAUUAUAAUAUCAGGUGCUGUUAGUAUGACGAUACCCAGCGUUGUCGGUAAGCUACUGGAUAAUGCUAAAAAGGAUGAGGAUGAUCCGGAAAAAGACGGUCUGAUUUUUGGUUUAACCGAAAACCAAUUCUAUGGUGCUCUUGGCGGAGUGUUCGUUAUUGGAGCAGUGGCUAAUAUGGGUCGUAUUAUCAUUUUAAAGGUUGUUGGGGAACAAAUGGUUGCAAGAUUACGGACCAGAACUAUGAAGGCAGCACUGCAACAGGAUGCUUCUUUUCUUGACGUCAAUCGUGUUGGGGAUCUGAUUUCCCGGUUGUCUACGGACGCCAAUAUUGUUUCAAAAGCUAUCACACACAAUACAUCGGAUGGAGCACGGGCGAUAAUCCAAGGUCUUGUUGGAUUCGGUAUGAUGAGCUAUAUAUCAUGGCAGUUGACAGCUGUGAUGGCGCUACUUGGGCCUCCACUAGUGAUCAUGGCUAUGAUAUAUGGUAGGAAGAUUCGAACAUUAUCGCGUGAGCUACAAACAAGAGUAGGUGGGUUGACAAAAGUGGCUGAGGAGCAGUUAAGUGCCAUGAAAACAAUCCAGGCUUAUGGCGGUGAACGUAAGGAGAUUAAUCGUUAUGCGAACGAAGUCAGAAGUGUUUUUAGAGUUGGUUUCAGAGAAGCUACCACAUCUGGAGUCUUUUUUGGUACUACUAUGUUUGUUGGAAACACUGCACUUCUUUCCUUGCUUUUCGUUGGUUCAUCGAUGAUAAAGUCUGGCUUCCUUACAGUUGGAGAACUGUCAAGCUUUAUGAUGUAUGCCGCAUAUACAGGAAAUUCUCUGUUCGGCCUCUCCACUUUCUAUUCUGAGCUAAUGAAAGGUGCUGGAGCCGCUGCUAGAGUUUUCGAAUUAAAUGAUAGAGUUCCCUUAAUACAUCCAACAAGAGGCAAGGGCCCAGAUUCCCUAGAAAAUAAGGUCAUAAGCUUUAAAAAUGUCGAUUUUUCGUAUCCAACCAGAUCCACUCACAAUGUUUUCAAGAACUUAAACCUAACAAUAAACCCUGGUGAGCACGUCUGUAUUGUGGGGCCUUCUGGCGGAGGUAAAUCUACAGUAGCAACGCUACUCAUGAGAUACUAUGAUGUUGAUACUGGUUCCAUUACAAUCGGUGGCGAGGACAUCAGGAAAUUUAACCUGCGUAAAUACCGUAGAAAACUUGGAAUUGUUCAACAAGAGCCUAUGCUUUUCAAUGGCAGUAUUCUAGAUAAUAUCACUUAUACCCUGCCCAAAGAGAUUGCCUCAGAUCAGCAACGACUUGCCAAGGCAAUGGCAGAUGCCAACUGCAGCAAGUUUAUUGUGCAGUUUCCAGAUGGCCUAAACACAAUGGUUGGACCAAGAGGUGCCCAGCUAUCCGGUGGCCAGAAACAGCGUGUUGCACUUGCCCGUGCUUUCCUUCUAGAUCCAUCAGUUUUGAUUCUUGAUGAAGCUACAAGUGCACUAGAUUCACAAAGUGAACAAGUCGUGGCACAAACAUUAACUGCAAGAGCACAGCGAAAUCAAAUAACCAUUUCUAUUGCGCAUAGGGUUAGUACAAUCCAGUAUAGUUCAAGAGUCAUUGUAUUAAGCAAGCAUGGGCAUGUUGCAGAAACUGGUACCUACGCUAGUCUGGUUAAAGAUCCAAACUCUGAAUUGAAUAAAUUACUUUCCCAACAAGAUGGGCUAGUUGAAGAAGAACAAACUACCAGUGAACAAGAGCAUACAAAGGACAUGAUUGCUAGCUCGUAA